GGGCCCGGGGCGGGGCGGUGCCGGGCCGGGCGGGCAGCGGAGCGGAGCGGGGCUGCGAGCGCCGGGCCGGCGGGGCAUGGCGGCCGGCGGGGCGCUGAAGGCGCUGCUGCUGCUGCUGCUGGCGGCGGGCGCGCUGGGCAAGCCCACAGCGCGGCAGGAGCGGGCCCGGCCCGGAGCCGCGCAGCACGAGGACCGCCCCGGCUUCCAAUACGACCACGAGGCCUUCCUGGGCAAGGAGGAGGCGAGGAGCUUCGACCAGCUCAGCCCGGAGGAGAGCCGUGAGCGCCUGGGGAAGAUUGUGGAUAGAAUAGAUGACAACAAAGAUGGCUAUAUCACAACAGAGGAAUUAAAAAACUGGAUUAAACGAGUACAGAAACGCUACAUCUAUGAAAAUGUGGCUAAAGUUUGGAAAGACUAUGAUCUAAACAAGGAUGAUAAAAUUGCCUGGGAAGAAUACAAACAAGCCACAUAUGGUUAUUAUCUAGAAAAUCCAGAAGAAUUCCAAGAUGCCACUGAUCAGCACAGUUUUAAGAAAAUGCUGCCCAGAGAUGAAAGACGAUUCAAAACUGCAGAUCUGGAUGGAGACUUGGCUGCCACUCGUGAAGAAUUCACUGCUUUCCUUCACCCAGAGGAGUUUGAACACAUGAAAAACAUUGUUGUCUUAGAAACCUUAGAAGACAUAGACAAAAACGAGGAUGGUUUUGUGGAUCAAGAUGAGUACAUUGCUGAUAUGUUUGCAAAUGAAGAGGGUGGACCAGAGCCUGACUGGGUAAUUACAGAGCGUGAGCAGUUUUCAGAUUUUCGUGAUCUCAACAAGGAUGGAAAGAUGGACAAAGAUGAGAUCCAGCACUGGAUCCUCCCCCAAGACUAUGAUCAUGCACUAGCUGAAGCCAGGCACUUAGUCCACGAAUCUGAUGUAGACAAGGAUCAAAAACUAACAAAAGAGGAAAUUCUAGACAACUGGAAUAUGUUUGUUGGAAGUCAAGCUACUAAUUAUGGGGAGGACCUCACGAGAAACCAUGAUGAACUAUGAUACAAAGUACCAACCAGUGCUUCACACAUGUUUUCUCCACUUUACUGAAAUCACCGUGUCCACCCCCUCAUAGAGGGAAGAUGGGCAAGGGACACUCACAACUGAAUGACUUGCAUUAAUAUUAUUUUUAACAUGCCAGCUUAUUACCUCAGAAACCACGUAGAAAUAGCUUUUUUACUCUUUUCACAUGGUUAAAUACAGUAUAUAAUUACUACAGUUUCAUUUUUGAAGAAUAAGAAGCUAACUUUUCUGAAUAGGUUAGAGCCUGACAUGGAAAAGGUGCUUCUAAAACCAUUGCAAAGAUCUUUAAUAGCCAAGUAUUUUCUUCAAAUACCCACUUUUACCAUAGUGAAAUGCACCUAAGAUUAGAACACUAAUGUUUAAACAGACUUAAGUUAUUUAGUUGUCUUUUCUAAUAGCAUGUGACAGUUUAGAGGUAACCCUUUGAGCCCCCUGCCCAGAGAAGAGUUUGAUACCAGCUUUGUUUCCACACAGUUUCUGUGUCCCUGUUGGUUUCGUGGUGCUGCAGGCGUGUCCAGCAGCCCCCUGGCUCCUGCUUUAAUGUGCAAGAUGCACAGGUGGCCCUUGUCCUUGACCCCGGCAUUCCCAGCCAGGGAUGCAGAGUCCAGUGUGGCAGCUGCUCCUUCUGUCAACAGGGAAAGGUACAUCUGUUUGUGGGCCCUUGGCUUUGCUGCUCCCUGGGAGGAAUUGUGCCACAUGGAGCUUAAUUUAUCUCCUGCUUUUCACACUUUAUCUGAGCCCUACUCUUGUUCACGCAGUGUGAAUGGCAGCAGUUCUGUGAUGGAGAAAGAAUGAGACAUAUCACCCCUCUGGGCCUUCUGUCUCCUCUGCCACAUAAGAGGACAGAUUUUUGUGGCUGAAGUUCUGGGUUUGUGUGUGUAUACGUAUAAGUACAUGUUACUGAAACAACUCUAAAGACAGCUCUCCUUCCAAGAAUGGGGGGAAGCUUUCCACAGAGGUGCUUUCUUUUUUGCUGUAUAAUGUGAGUUGUUACAUGGAUAUUUUUAUAUAGCUGACUUAUCUAAGUUUGGAUGUUUUUAAAUGUACUGGUUUUAAAAUAAGCACAAUAAAACCAAUACUUCUUUUUGAUACUGUGAA